GCUACAAAGACAGCUACACAUUAAGUUAAAACGGGUCGUAAUUUCACUAGCUACAUGGGCUAGCUUCCAAACUGUUAUCACUCUGGUAGUUAGCUAGCGUUAAAAACAGGGAGGAUAACUUUUAAAGUCAAACUGUUGUUUUAAUUAGAAGUGUCAUGUCUGUUCUUGUUUUCAGCUUGACUUCUUAUCCGCAGAUCCAGUGCCAGCUAAAAGUAAAUGGCAGAGCACUUUGGGACAAGAUGAUAGUCACAAUGGUUUGCAGUCAAGGGGUCGAUCAAUAUGUUAUUUCAGAGCCGAUUCCGAUACAGAUUAUUAGUUAUCAGAAAGACUGAUAACCGAUAUUUGGGGCUUUUGCUGUAUAAAAUGGAAACCCUUGUCUCAAAAUUCGGGAAAACACAAACUCCACAACUCAAACACAACUCUUGCUGAAGUUACAGAUGCAUGAUAUUUGAUUUUUUUUUUGCCGUUAUCCGAUGUGCCGAUAUGUAACGACUUAUUUGGCCGAUAACCGAUACCGAUAUUGACGUAUCUACUUUUUUCCCUACAUAAUUUUAGUGAUCAUGAAGUCUCUUCUGUAGUGGAAUCAGCAUCAUAUUAUGUAGGCAUACUCUUAUUGUGAUGGCCCACCAGCAGAUGGAGACAUGAAAUUCAAUAUAUGAUAAUGAUGGCGCGGGUGGUGUUCCUCCAUCCAGACCUUGGUAUUGGUGGAGCAGAGCGACUGGUGGUCGAUGCUGCUGUCGCUCUGAAGUCUAAAGGAUGUAGCGUGCAGAUAUGGACAGCCCAUUACGACCCAACACACUGCUUCUCUGAGACCCUUGACCCAGAGCUGCCUGUGGUAUGUGUGGGUGACUGGCUUCCCACCAGCGUGUUUGGCUACCUGCAUGCCCUCUGUGCCUACCUGAGGAUGAUCUACGUGGCCCUCUACCUGGUCUUUCUCAGCGGGGUGGAGUACGAUGUCGUCUUCUGUGAUCAGGUGUCAGUGUGUAUCCCGGUACUGCGACUGUCCCGUCGCAGGAAGAAGGUUUUGUUUUACUGUCACUUCCCAGACCAGCUGCUGACCCAGAGGAAGUCGGCCCUGAAGAAGCUUUAUCGCGCUCCCAUCGACUGGCUGGAGGAACGCACCACUGGCAUGGCUGAUAUGAUUGUGGUAAACAGCCAGUUCACCGCAGGCAUCUUCAGAGAGACCUUUCGUGGUCUAACAGGAGUCCAGACAGACGUCCUCUAUCCUUCCCUCAACACGGGUACCUUUGACCAGCAGUCCAGUGAAGCACAGGGCCUGGAAGGGCUGCUCCCUGAGGGAACCUCCUGCCUGUUUCUCUCUCUUAACCGAUACGAGAGGAAGAAGAAUCUGGGGCUGGCUCUGGAGGCUCUCGCAGUCCUGAGGAGCAGCCUUCCUCCCAGCCAGAGAGCAGGUAUUCACCUGGUGGUGGCGGGGGGCUACGAUGACCGAGUUACUGAGAAUGUUCAACAUUAUACUGAGCUGAAAGAACUAGCAGCACAGAUCCACAUAGAGGACUGUGUCACUUUCCUGCGCUCCCCCUCUGACUCACUGAAGGUGGCCCUGCUGCGGGGCAGCGCAGCUGUGCUCUACACCCCGAGCAGAGAGCAUUUUGGGAUAGUUCCCGUAGAGGCAAUGUACUGCUGCUGCCCUGUUAUCGCGGUGAACUCCGGGGGCCCCCUGGAGAGCGUGGCAGACGGGGAGACGGGCUUCCUGUGCGAGCCCACGGCAGACGCCUUCUCUAAGGCCAUGGAGAGGCUCGUGAAGGAACCGCAGCUCCGCAGGGACAUGGGACAAGCUGGGAGGAGGAGGGUACAAGAUAAAUUCUCUCUUCAGGCCUUCUCAGACCAGCUGUAUGGGUACAUUGUCAGGCUAAGCGAGUGAUGUGAAAGCUGGAGGAGGCAGGUGGAAAAAUGACCCUCUACCAAACUGUGGAUUGUCUGUGGACGACUGGGGACCGCAGUGUGUGUGUGCAGGGAGGCAGUGGGGGUGUUAUGAGGACUCAGAGGACAAUCAAUCAGCAUUCCCCUGGAGGGGUUGCUGAGAGGAAAAAAAGGACGGAAUCUCUAUACCAAUUAAGAAAAGAGUAACGAGUUUACAUACCCUAUCUCUGGAAAAAUACCACACCUCCAAGUGUGUAUGUGUGUGUGUAAUAAUGUGUGUGUGUGUGUGUGUAGCAACGCUGCAACCCAGAGCCUAGCAAAUGAGCGCACCGAAAGGAUUGAUUGUUAGAGUGAAAUGUUUUGCACUGUCUAUUUUUUUUUUUUCCUGUUACUUUGCAACAGUAGUCUUUGUCUUUGUGUGUUUUCGGAAUGAAGAAGAAGAAUGUAGUUACCACCAUGUGCCGCUGCCGGCCAGAUCAAUAAACAGGAGGCUUUCCACUACUUCCUGUCCGCCCAGAGCUUUGUUCCCCCUCUCGCAUUCAGAAGACGCUGGCCUGUUCAUGACUCUUGCUGCAGUGUGGAGGUUAUUAGUAGAUGAUAGAGAGUGUUUGGCUUUAAUAGAGGUCUGGUUGAUGGGCAGUGUGGCUUUGUCUGGGUCAUUAUCAACAAGGAGAAUAGCAGAAGGUCAUUGUGUCUGCGCGCUGGCCUCCUCAGCCCUCCUACUGUAUAGAAAUGCUCUUAUUGACAUUCCUGAAGUCUUAAUAAACAAGAGGACACAUA